AUGGGGUUGUCGGCCGCCAGCUACGACUCGCACUGGCGUGCCAUGCGCCGCAUCGCCACUGUGCACCUCCUCUCGGCGUGCCGCGUGGACCUCAUGUCUGACGCCGCCAUCGACGCGCACGAGUUCAAGAAAGUGGUGGACGAGAUUGUGGCGCUCCUCGGCAUGGCCAACCUGCACGACCACUUGCUGGCACCCCUGUGCUGGCUGGACUUCGGCGGCAUCUGCCGGAGGCUCACCCAGCUGGUGAACCGAAGGAGCGCGCUAAUCUAUGGCCUGAUAGAUGUAGAGAGGCAGCAACGUCGGCAGGAGGACGCCAACGAGCUGCCGGACUCAAAGAGCAUGAUCCGCGUGAUGCUCUUGCUGAAGGAGUCCGAUCUGCAGCAGUACACGGACACUUUCAUCGCCGCUCUAGUGCUGGAGCUUGGGUGA